AUGCAGUUCAAGGAGAUCAACGCCAAGAAGCGUCAACCGGACAUGAUAGAAGCUUGCAGCGAUUCACAGAUCAAAGAAACGGUAAGCUUCCAUCGGCACUUUAAAGAGAUUACAAUAGGCAGUCUGCCAACAAGAAGAUACACUUUUCUUUACACGCGGGUGUCAACCGGAAACAACAGACCCGCACAGCUACGCCCAGAUCAAAGAUACGGUCAAAGAGAUCAACGACAACAAGGGCCAGCAGGAAACAACGGAGACAACCAAGAUCCUCCUGGGCAAAGAAUUAUUUAUGGCAUCGCUAUGGUGAUUGGCGUAGCAGCAGUCACUUACUUUGGCAUGAAAAUAAAAGGUGCAUGGCAAAUCAAUAAUGGUUAUCAAUUGAACUUGCCUGUGGUCAUCAGGAUACUGUGAUACAGCAUGAACCAUAGAGAAUAACAGUCCUGAGUGCUGUACUUGUUCCAUGUAAACGUUACUUAUUAACUUCGAAAUUAUCACCGGUACUAGCCGAAUAUCCAUCACUGUACUGACCGUCAUUUAUUAUAACUCACUACACUAAAGCUUAUACUCUUUAUGGACUGUGUCACAAGAUGGCGAUUAAAUAUUUUGUGAAGUUAUUUGUAUCGAUCGAUUUAUAUAUCUAUCAUCGUAGCUCAGUGGUUAAAGCAUUGGGCAUGUGAACUGCAGAUCUCCAGUUCAAAAUGCACAGAGUCAUUUGUUCAUGUGUUGAAAUAUUGCCUUUUUUCAAGUUCUUGUUUUUAUUCCA